AUGGCACCAACACAAGCAUCCCACCUCCCGACGACCCUCCGCUCAUCAACCCACUCAAUCCUCCUCCGCACCCUGGAACCGUCCGAUUUCGCCGCCGUCUCGGCCGUGCUCUCGGACCCGGAGAAUACAAAGUACGACCCGCAUGCGUCGGCUAUUUCCCCCGAGGUGGCCAAGAUUGUGAUUGCAAGGAUGAGGGAGAGCGCUGGGGUGCCGAGUGUUGUUGAUGAUGGCGGAAGAGUAGCGAGUGGGCCGGGGAGGGUUAAUUUGGUUGUUGUUUUUGUCGGUGAUGAUGACGACAAUGGCAAUGGCAAGACAUCGUCAAAGGGGAAGGGGAAGGAAGAGGGAGGGACGGUGAUUGGAUUCGGCGGGUACGGCGGCAUCAACGAGCACGAGGAGGACGGGCGGAAGGUCAGGGUCGGGGAUGUGGGCGUCAUGAUUAACUCGGCGUUUCGGGGCCGGGGGUUCGCGGCUGAGGCGGUACGGUUGGCUGUCGAGUGGGGGUUUAAGGGGGUUGCUGAGGGCGGGCUGCAGCUUGAGAGGGUGAGUGCUACGAUGAGCGAGAGGAAUGCGCCGAUGAGGGGGCUGGUUGAGGGGAGGUUUGGGUGGGAGGGGGUUGUGAAGCCUGGUGAGAAGGAGGGGGAUGGGGAGGUGUUUUUUGAGGUUACGGGGGAGACGUGGAGGAAGUGA